GGGAGGCCCAGCGGCAUCUCCGCGAUCGUUGCCCCGGAGUCCGGUGAUCAAUUAUUAACAGAGCCCGGCUGACAAGACCAAGGUCGGGACAAGGCGCUUCUGGUCGCUCCCCAGUCCCUAUCCCGGAGCCGCUGCCCAGGAUGUGGCUGUACGCGGUGGCCGUGCUGCUGGGGCUGUUCCUGCUGCGGCGAUGGCACCGGGAGCGGCAGACGGUGCCGCGGCUCUCGGAGAAGCACGUGCUGAUCACAGGAUGUGACAGCGGCUUCGGGAACCUGCUGGCACGGCAGCUGGACGCGCGCGGGCUGCGGGUGCUGGCCGCCUGCCUGACCGACAGCGGGGCCGCGCAGCUGCGGGCGGCCACCUCCGACCGGCUCCAGACCGUCCUGCUGGAUGUCACCUCCAGCAAGAGCAUCGCCGAUGUCACCGCCUGGGUCCGGGAGCGUGUGGGUGAUCAAGGGCUCUGGGGGCUGGUGAACAACGCAGGGAUCGCCAUCCCCACCGGCCCAAACGAGUGGCUGACCAAGCAGGACUUUCUCAAGGUGCUGGAUGUCAACUUGAUCGGGGUCGUGGAGGUGACACUGAGCCUCCUGCCGCUGCUGCGGCGGGCGCGGGGCCGCGUGGUCAACGUGGCCAGCGUGAUGGGCCGUGUGUCCUUCUUUGGUGGUGGGUACUGCAUCUCCAAGUACGGCGUGGAGGCUUUCUCUGACAGCCUCAGGCUUGAGAUGAACAAAUUUGGGGUGAAGGUCUGUGUGAUCGAGCCGGGCUACUUCAAAACGAUGAUCACCAACACUGACAACCUGGAGAAGAAUUUUCAUUCCAUCUGGAAUAAGCUUCCAGAGGAAAUCAAAGCGAGUUACGGGGAGGAUUACUUGAGGAAGCUUGUGUCAACGCUCAAGGUGCUGGAGAAGACCUACAACACCGACCUGUCCCUGGUCACCAACUGCAUGCAGCACGCUCUGACCAGCCUCCACCCCCGCUACCGCUACUCCGCCGGCUGGGACGCCAAGCUGCUCUACCUCCCCCUCAGCUACCUGCCCUCAGCCCUCAGCGACGCCUUGUUCAGCCUGUUCUACCCCAAAUCUGUUGGGAAAGCCUAAGGUGGGGAUGCAGCAGGCAGCCAAGAGCAGAGUGGGAUCCAAUGGCACACGGUGGGAUCCAGAAUCGGCUACAGCCAAGGCCCCACCGAAGUCCCUGAAUUUGUAACUGCAUGUAUGUCUGACCCUCUGUCCCCUGCUCAUGAUGGGUUUGUCCUGAAUAAAGUCCCCCUGUCCCCUCCUG